UCAUGCCUUGGAGUAGCUAGUAUGUAACUUGUCUGAUUGUAUCUAUCUUGGUGCUUGAGUCGCAGAGGGAGAAGGAAGAAGAUAUCCAAAUGCCUGAGCUCGCAGAAUGCUGGGUGGAGGUGGUGUGGCUGGGGUCGCGGCGGUGGUGGCCCAGCAGCGUCGCUAGGAGCUUCGCGGUCAGGCCCGUGCUGAGCCGCGCCGCACACGCCUUCCGCAACGCCGCCGUGGCCGCCGCCUGCAAGGUCGCCGCCGAGGACGCGUUCCACUGCCUCACCACAGGAGGGGGCGCUCCAAAGCACAAGCUUGAGGAUGCACUGAAGAAAAUCUGCAAGGACGGAACAUACUGGGGUACGGCUGCCGGAGUUUAUGUGGCCAUGGAGUCGGCGGUGGAAGAGACACGUGGCCGCACUGACUGGAAGAACGCGGUGAUUGGAGGCGCCUUAGCUGGUGCUAUCAUGUCAGCUGCCACCGAUGGCAGGAGCGGCCACAGAGAUAAGUUCGUCAAGGACGCCAUCACCGGCGCCGCCAUCGCAGCCGCCGCCGAGUUCAUCGGCCACCACGUUCGUGUUGAUCUUGGUCCUGUCAGAUUUACCGGUGGCGCCAGAAGCAGAAGCAGCCAGACAACGAAGGAAGGUCGAAAUGGCGCCGAACCAUGGGAACGUCAAGAGGUGGUGAUGGAUCCCUGGGUCGCGAGUCCAGAAGUGGAGCUCCCUUUGCAAUUCAGGACGGAUCCAGCCCUUUCAUGAUGGGCCACGCAACCGGGGCUGGCCUGGACAUUAAAAAAAAAGAUGGUCUAGCUCCAAGACUGCUCGGCUCGCUUCUGUGCAUACGUGUUCCAUCCAAAUGCGAGCUCAAUAAAUAGUGGAUCCAACGGCUCA